GGCCGACUGGCUGCGAGCGGCUCGGGUGCGCUCCCUUCCCGGGCGGGGGAAUCCGGGCCGGGUUGUGGCCGCGGCCGCGUACGUGAGCGCAGUGUCCCGGAGAGGGAGGGCAGGCCGGCCAGGUGGGCGCGAAGGCGGCGACGGCGGGAGGCGGCGCAGUGCAGGGGCCGCGCCGGUGGCGGGCAGGGCCGCGGCCGCUGCAGGGAGCCGAGCUGUCCGGGCCAGUGGCCGGCCGAGCAGACGUAACAGAGUAUCCAGCAUGCUGUCCCGACGCCUUGGAAAGCGCUCCCUCUUGGGAGCCCGGGUGUUGGGACCUAGUGCCUCUGAGGUGCCACUGGGGACCAGCCUACCCUUGGAACCACAGAUAGAAGUGCCCGAAGGAGCCACGCCCAAGCCCUCACUUACCUCGAAGGACCCUAUGUGCCAGGAGCAGCCCAAGGAGGUCCUCAAGGCUCUGGGUACCUCAGGCCCCCCACAGGUGGCCUUUCAGCCCGGACAGAAGGUCUGUGUGUGGUACGGGGGUCAGGAGUGCAAGGGCCUGGUGGAGCAGCACAGCUGGCCUGAGGACAAGGUGACGGUCCGGCUGCUGGACCAGAAGUUACAGGUUUGCUGUAAAGUGGAAGAGGUGUGGCUGGCGGAGCUGCAGGGUCCCACAUCCCAGGUGCCAGCCUACAGACCCGUGUCUCGGAACAUCGAUGUCCCAAAGAGGAAGUCGGAUGCAGUGGAGAUGGAUGAGAUGAUGGCCGCAAUGGUGCUGACGUCUCUGUCUUGCAGUCCUGUGGUACAGAGUCCUCCUGGGGCCGAGCCCAUCUUCUCUGUUUCCCGCGCAGCCUGCGGUGACCCCUGGAAGGAGAGCGGGGACGUGUCGGACAGCGGCAGUAGCACUACCAGCGGGCACUGGAGCGGGAGCAGUGGUAUCUCCACCCCCUCGCCCCCCCACCCUCAGGCCAGCCCCAAGUACCUGGGUGACGCCUUUGGGUCCCCCCAAACUGAUCAUGGCUUUGAGACCGAUUCGGACCCGUUCCUGUUGGACGAACCAGCCCCACGCAAGAGGAAGAACUCCGUGAAGGUGAUGUACAAGUGCCUGUGGCCCAGCUGUGGCAAGGUUCUGCGCUCAAUCGUGGGCAUCAAACGACACGUCAAAGCCCUCCACCUGGGGGACACGGUGGACUCUGAUCAGUUCAAGCGGGAGGAAGACUUUUACUAUACAGAGAUGCAGCUGAAGGAAGAAUCUGCUCUGGCUGUGGCUGCCCCCCCUGCCCCUGGGACACCCAGCGGCGGCGAGCCGGCCCCCACCUCCCGCGUGACCAGCCCGUCCCUUGCUCCUCUUUCGUUGCCCCCACCCAAAGGCCAGGCCUCUGGCCCGGAACACGCUGGCCUGGAGUCUCCCCUGCCGUCUGUUGCACUCAGCAAGUCAGCUCCUGGCUCCUUCUGGCACAUUCAGGCUGACCACGCAUACCAGGCUCUGCCCUCCUUCCAGAUCCCCGUCUCCCCCCACAUCUACACCAGCAUCAGCUGGGCUGCUGCCCCUACCGCCACCUCCCCGCUCUCUCCGGUCCGGAGCCGGUCACUCAGCUUCAGCGAGCCCCAGCAGCCGCCACCCACCGUGAAAUCUCACUUGAUCGUCACCUCCCCACCCCGGGCGCAGAGCACCUCCAGGAAAGCCCGCGGCGAAGCCAAGAAGUGCCGUAAGGUGUACGGCAUAGAGCACCGGGACCAGUGGUGCACAGCCUGCCGGUGGAAGAAGGCCUGCCAGCGCUUCCUGGACUGA